AUGAGAAUUAUAUUAAAGGGACUGAUAUCCUUGCUACUGUGUAUGGGAUUGGUGCGGGGUCAUACCCAUGAUGAGUUACCCAAAUGUGCCUUGACGGGUGUACAUAGGACACGACAAACCAUAUUGGAAUCUCCCAAUUAUCCUGAUGAUUAUCCUCCCGGAACCUGUUGGGAUUAUGUCAUAAAAUCUCCCUAUCGUUGCCCCACCAAAUUUCACAUCCAAUUUUUGGAUUUCUUUUUGGAAAAAUCGGAAAAUUGUGAAAAUGAUUAUCUCUCGGUGGGUUUGGAUAAUGUCGAUGAAGACAUGGAUACUCUGUGUGGUCAGGUGGUGGGCAUUAAAAAAUAUCACACUCCUGAUGGUAUUUUGCGUUUACGUUUCCAUGCCGAUGAUUCACCCUGGUCAACGGGUAAGGGUUUCAAGCUGUUGAUAACGCGCUUGGCCUGUGAAAAGGAAGAGGUGUUGAGAAAUCUCGAAACGCGCAACAAUGAUGUUGAUGAUGCGGAAGAUGAUGAUGAUACCAUAACCGUUACGGCACCGGGUACACACUUAAGUCCACCUCGAGUGCAGUUAAUGGAAUUAUUCCGUAACAUUUCAGGGGCUGAUCAGCAUCAGGUUUAUCCAUUGCAACCCCUGUUUGGUUUAAAUUAUCCCAAUCAGCUGCAAUCACCUUUGUACCCGACCACAUAUGGACCCUUCUAUUUGCCCACCGGAACUGUGAUACCUCAACCGCAGGCACAUCAGCAGCAACAACAUCAUCAAGUACAACCCUAUUUACCUCCUUAUGUGGUGAAUCCCUAUGUCCCCGUGACCCAAGAUCAAUAUGUGGGGGCAUGGCCCACCACAAGCUAUUUGCGGGCCAUAGAUGGCAGCAGUAGUGUCCUGGAUGCCUGUUGUACCACACCAUUCCAACAGAAGAGGUUCUACCUUUCCAGCCCUGGAUUUCCACGAACCAUAUUUAGCAACCUCUUGCCCGUCAAUCGUCGGGAUUGUGAGUUCCGUUUGCAAAAACACUCCUCCAACAUCUGUCGACUUCGUGUCGUUUUCAAAUUUUUCGAUUUUGGUAAAACUUCCCAAAUUGUUAGCGGACUACAGGGUGGCGCUGCCGGUUUGGCAGGCAUGUCAAGAAAUUCCUGCCCUGACGAUUUCAUUGAAAUCGGUAAUCAACGAUUCUGUGGCUGUCGUUCGGAUUAUGUUUAUACCGGAUUUUGGAAUUAUCAGGGUGAGAAAAAGAUACGCAUGCGUAUGGGUUAUUCGGGUGUGCCUUCGAGUGGUUUCCUAUUGGAAAUUAGCCAGGAAGAAUGUUCACCAUAUGAAACGUCAACACUAAGUCCGACAUUGCCCAUUUCGGCACCCGCAACUGUGGGCAAUACAAAUUUCUUGGGACAAAAUUUCCAACAGCAGACCAAUUAUCCUUCGGCACCAGGGUUGUCGCAGCAAACAUUUGGUGGUCUCAAUCAGCAGCAACAACAACAAUUUACGCAGCCACAGCACUUCCCACAAAAUCUCCAACAAACAGCUGGUGUUGGCGGUGCCAGUUAUGGCCAAGCUUUUAAUCCUCAAGGUCUAGGCCAAUCCCUGCAACAAAAUCCACUCUAUGACCACACAUUUAUACCGCCACAAAAUGGCAAUGCCUUAUAUCAACCUCACCCACCACAAUUUCUUUCAGACCCCAAUGGCUUCCCUGGCUAUCAGUUGACCAGUCCAAGCCCAUUGCAACCAGUCCAUCAACCAUUUGGUGGCUUUAAUCAGCUACGCUAUGCACGGUCUUUCGGUGAUCAGAAACCCGUCUCAAUUGUUGAAACCAAUUCCACCCGCAAGGAAUACUAUUUCAGUGACACGGAUGAUAAGGUUGCGGAAAAAAUAGUUGCCGAAAAAUUAACUGCAGAUCCUUUAUUAAAAGUUGCCAUGUCGCGAUCGAGUGAAUCGGAUGGAACCGUCUCACGAUGGGAAGCCGACGAGUUAAGGGCUAACGAUAAUCCUCCAUAUGCCCAAACUCGUCAGAAGUGUACGUUUGAUAUGGGUGAUAUUUUACGGCUGUCUGUCGAUGUUUUGUGGUUGACCAAACCCACGUGCUAUGCACCGCAACGAAAUUGGUUUAAUAACUUUUUGGGUUAA